AUGGCAUUAACACCACAGGCAAGAUCUCAUGCGUCGCUCGAUGACAGCUUCCCUACACUCCAACUCUUCCUUCUCGCAAUAUGUCGUGUCGCAGAGCCUAUCGCUCUCACGUCCAUCUUCCCCUAUUCAUGGGUGAUGGUUAAGGACUUCCACAUGGACAGCGGCAAUGAUGCAUCCUUUUACGCUGGCAUUUUAAUAUCUGCCUUUUCCCUUGCUGAGGCUCUUACGGGCAUGUUUUGGGGAAGUCUCUCGGAUCGCUUGGGGCGAAAGCCAGUGCUUCUCUCUGGGUGCUUUGGGACUAUGCUUUCUCUCCUCCUGGUGGGAUUGGCUCCAAACUUCUGGGUUGCCCUGGUAGGCCGUGCCCUCGGUGGAGCUCUGAAUGGUAAUAUUGGAGUCAUCCAGACUAUGGUUGGAGAAUUGGUCAAAAGGCCCGAACAUGAACCCCGUGCAUAUGCUGUGAUGCCUUUUGUUUGGUCUAUUGGAACUAUCAUCGGGCCGGCAAUUGGUGGACUGCUUGCAAGACCGGCGGAUAGCUUCCCUUCACUCUUCCCUUCAGAUGGACUUUUCGGUCGUUUCCCCUAUCUCCUGCCAAAUAUAGUCUGUUCUUUUCUACUCCUUUUGAGUAUGAUUGGCAGCUGGCUGUUCCUUCAGGAAACUCACCCAGAUAUGCAGCCAGGGAAUGACCACCAAUUCUUUGAGCAUACCUCGGUUGAACAGCCUCUCUUAGCAACUUCAGGCGCAACUGCCAAUGCUGCAGUUGAUCUUCGUGCUGAGUCAUAUGGCACGUUCAAUCAAGUUAGCCUGAGUGAAGAUGAAUGUUGGAAUGUCCAAGCAGAUGGUAGCUCGCCUGUUUGGAAGGAAACCUCCAAACCGAAGGCGUUUACAUGGCGAGUCACUAUGUUGAUAGUAGCUCUAGCUAUCUUUACUUAUCACUCGAUGACCUACGAUCAUUUGUUGCCUAUUUUCUUGCAGGACAAGAACACUAGGGACAUCUCGGUUGGCCCUUCUUCUCCCUUCGACAUUCCUGGUGGUGUGGGUCUUUCUACUCGUACCGUCGGUGUCAUCAUGUCGACUGAUGGUAUAAUUGCGCUUGUAAUUCAAAGCGUGAUCUUCCCUGCACUGGCACAAUGGCUUGGCGUAUGGCGUCUCUUCAUCGUCGUGACCAUCCUUCACCCCAUCGCAUACUUCAUGGUUCCCUUCCUCUCGUUUCUCCCCCACAGUUUCGUCUUCGUUGGUAUAUACGCAUGCUUGAUUGUCCGCAAUAUUCUGUCAAUCAUCGAUUACCCUGUCCUAUUGAUUCUCAUCAAGCAAGCUAGUCCUUCAGACUCGGUUAUGGGAAAAAUCAAUGGCCUCGCUGCCUCUGCUGGUGCUGCAUCUCGCACCCUGGCACCUCCAAUGGCGGGUUUCUUGUACAGCGCUGGCGCAGGAAUCGGCUGCACUGCUAUUGCCUGGUGGGGAAGCAGUGUUGUUGCCCUGCUGGGAGCGUUGCAGAUUUGGUUUAUUCAGCGAAAGCCACAUUCUUCUGUGACGGUGAAACCAAACUCGCUGUGUCACCCGGAUCCAUUUGGCGAUCAGCCAUCUAAAGAAACUGUGCAUAUCAUUGUGGAUGAUACCGAGGACAGUGGGACACACGCAGAGGAAGGCUCAUCCGCUUCGCCAUCGCAAUGA